AUGACGAUGAAACUUGCCUGCCUUCGCUGCAAGCGCAAGAAAAUAAAAUGCGACAGAGCAGACCCUGUAUGUCGUCAGUGUGUGACUGCUGCAGAGGAGUGUCAAUAUGUCGAGCGCCGCAAGAGACCUCGCGUUGCGCAGCAGAAAAAUGUUAUGGAGUACUUGAGUCAGCGGCUCGAACAACUUGAGAAGCAUGUCAAUACCUCGGGUGAACCGGAUUCAUCGCCUGGCUCUCUCCCAACACCGCAGCGGGAAGUGUUACAAAAAACACCACCUGUGUCGUCUCCCGAAGCCCCCUUGACUGUGGCAGAUAGUCAGGAAUCAUGGAUAUAUCGACUUGCUACUGACACGCGCCGGAGCUUCCAAAACCAAGCUGCCCCGGUCAACACCCCAGGACCGAGCAUCAACAAUGCCAUGUUGUCGCUCAACGAUGCUCUUGACGAUCUUGGAAGAUUGAGAGUGCGUACCCAAGCUCGCCAUGUCGAUUUUGAUCUCUCGCCUGCAGAAUGCCGAGCAUGUAUAGAUACUUUCGUCCAUGUAUCGCGUUCAAUGGUUGUGCCCGAUGUCUCUCUGGGUGCCAUGGUCGACCUUACUGUUUUACGCUCGCUUCCAGAUGUCAUCAACUCUCCCUAUGUCAAAAUCGACCCUGGAAUGCGUGUCUUGUAUUACAAUGCCCUGUAUUACGGGCUACAGGAUACUGAUGGUCCGGGAGGUGAGCUGACGAUGAAAGCAUACAUGAAAGUUCUUGAAAGUGUACCGCCAUGGCUUGAGUCGUCAACUACGACGGACAUGGAUGGUUUCACAGCCGCCCUUCUCACUUGGACGUGCAUCACCAUGCACGACUAUCCGCUUGCCUGGAAAUUUCAUUGCAAGGUGUGCCAGUACCUCAUGUCCAAUGGCAUAGACCAGAUCGACAGUGCACCAGCCAAAACGUAUACCGAUGAAGAUGAAAGAGACAGCUAUCGAUACCUUUAUUGGCAUACCUUGUGUACUGAUAUUGCGUUUCGCUUGUUCUUCGGGAAACCAAAGGUCUUGACAUGGGUGCCUAAUAAAAUUCGGCCGCCACUGAUCUUUCGUGGCGACAAUAUGCACCCAUCCGCUAUAAGGGUCACAAUCGGCGUCGUGUGGGUACGAUACACGCUCUUGGCUGAGGAGUUUAUCGGCUACGUCGACAAGCAUGUGUCGAGUGGCCAGGGAGAUGAUCUUUUCAAGAAGGUCGAUGAAUGCUGCACACAACUCGAAAACCUCGUGGCUGAGUGGAAGCUUGAGCAGCUCAUGAAUGCCGAGGAUACCCUUCUUGACUUACACUGCAUGCUUGCUGACCAUAUCAUGAAUAUUUACACCUACAUUAUUGGGGUACAGAGGCUAGUUCAAGCAGCCGUACGUGGAAACUCCGCAACAGCAGUUAAACCGAGUCCAUUUGCUGUUCGAGCAGCUCGUAAAGUGUCUAGUAUCAUCCUCGACUUCCACACUGACCCCCUUGUGAGAUCAAGAUCCAAGAGCAUCACCAAUCAUUUUAUCACAUUAUACCCCUUCUGCGUAGUUUUCACCCUUUACGAACAGAUACUUGCUACGUACAACCCCGAUGACUGCGAGAGUGACAUGCAGACACUGGAGAAUAUUGGCACAGCUAUGAACGAGGCGUCCACGCAGCGACGAGAUUUGGUACCAUUUGUCAAAACCGUCGAUGCACUGAAUAGAGUAUCGCGGACGUUGCAGGAAGAGAGACGCAAAGAAAUGAUCCCGACAGCGACAAACAACGCGAAGUACACCACUACUCCGGUGCUCAAUUACCAGCCAACAAGCUUUGAUACUGUCCAGAAUCUGGUAGCUACUGAGCUGCCCGACUUCGACAUGUCGUCCUUUAAUAUGCCUGGAUAUUCUGCGAGUGCUGAAGGCGACUUUCAAUCCCUUGGAUUGUUCAGAGCACUAGAAAAUGAAUUUGUUGCGCGAAAUUGGCAAAGUAACUGGUGGGACCUUAAUGGCGGCACGGACGAGGGCAUGAAUCAAACAACUGCAAGCGGUUUACCCCAAGUGUCCAACAUGGGCUAUCCUCCAACGGUCCCCGAAAAUAUGAUGUAG